GCUGGUGAAGCGGGACACUGGAAGCCAGCAGCUGUCUGUGAUUCAUGCAGUAAGCUGUGAGUGUGUGUAAGAGAGGGAGGCAAUAGCUCUAUAGGGUUCUGUAAUUUAGUUAUCUGACUAAACUUAAGGGCUAUAAGGUUGUUGGUAUAAAAGGGAUGUAGGGUUGUCUUUCAUUCAUUUAGUCUUUUUAAUUCAAAUCUGUUUUGUUAGGAAAAAUAUUAGAUUGUUUCAUUGCUAGAUUGAGCUGUAAUUGUUGGUAUAUUUUGUGCUGGUCCUCAGAGCUUGGUAAAAGUGUGAGAAUAUGGGUAGAUGAGCUGUUUGAUUCAUGGCUUAUAUUGAUAAAUGUAUUUUAUGUUUUGUCGAUUUUAUAACUAAAAUAUUUGACUUUUUUACUGUAUCGGGCUAUUUUAAAAGGAUAUAUUUUCUGUCAAUAGUUUAGUUUUUUCACCAGUCAUUAUUUAAAUUGAAGAAGGGGAAAUAAACAGUUUUUUGUGGGUGUUAGCCAUGCCCUUUUAAAUGUUGGACAGGACAGUAACAUCUCACACAGUCAUGCUGCUGGCUCUACUGCUGGUUCUGUGGCUUAUUUCUGGGGCCCAGUCUUCAGACCCGGCCCCAUUAACUGUCAUGUACCAAGUCUGGGAGGAGCAGCCUGUGGGCACCAGGGUUGGCCGUCUGGUUGAUGACCUGCGUCAGAGAGGCGAGACCGGGGUACUGGAGGAUUUCCAGGUCGUGGAGCAUGGUCAAGCCCUGCCUUUCUCCAUUGGAGUAAGAGAUGGAACUGUCGCCACCCUAGGCCAGCUGGACCGGGAGGAGCUGUGUCGAGGCUCGGACCUGUGUGAGCUGGCCUUCAGUGUCCUCUACAGGAAAGGUGGUGUUAUCCACUUUCUGAGGGUGCGGGUGGAGGUGAUGGACCUAAAUGACCACAGCCCAACUUUCCCCAGCAGCCAGCAGGAGAUGGAAAUCUCUGAGAUGGCCACAUUGAGGAUGCGGAUCCCCCUGGACCGAGCGGUGGACCCGGACGCCGGCCCCAAUGGUCUGCAGACCUACUCGCUGUCCGUCAACCAGCAUUUUGCCCUGGAUGUAAGAAGCGCUGUGGAUGGGCCAAAGCAGGCAGAGCUGGUGGUGAUCAAGGAGCUGGACAGGGAGGUGCAUUCCUCCUUCGAGCUGACUCUGGUGGCCUGGGACAAGGGGAAUCCUCCCAGGUCGGGCAGUACUCUGGUCCAGGUCAACGUCUUGGACUCUAACGACAACAGCCCCAUGUUUGAGGAUAGCACCCCCACUGUGGAACUAGCUGAGGAUACAGCUUGGGGGACUAGCGUCAUCAACCUCAAGGCCACGGACCCUGACCAAGGGGCCAACGGGGAGGUUGAGUACUUUCUAAGCAAGCAUGCGCCACCUGAGGUGCAGAAGCUUUUCAGUAUCCAUCCCCAGAGUGGGGUAGUGACUUUAAAAGGCCCACUGGACUAUGAAGCCAAACACUUUUAUGAGGUGGACAUCCAGGCGCGUGAUCUGGGGCCCAACGCCAUCCCCUCUCAUUGUAAACUACACAUCAAGCUAAGGGAUGUCAAUGAUAAUGCACCAAGGAUCCACGUCACUUGGACACCCCCUGAUUCCCCGGUGGCAACUGUUUUAGAAGGUGCACCAAAUGACACGUUCCUUGCACUAGUGAUGGUCUCUGAUGCAGACUCCGGGGACAACGGGAAUGUGCACGCCCACAUCCAGCAUGGAUCCGGCCACUUCCGCCUCAAGAAAAUCCAUGGCGACAAUUACAUGAUCGUAACCAAUGGCACCCUGGAUCGGGAAAAGGUCAUGGAAUAUAAUCUCACGUUACUUGCCCAGGAUUACGGUGACCCUCCACUGUCAUGUGUUAGACACCUAGUUGUCCAUGUGUUGGAUGAGAAUGACAAUGCUCCUGUAUUCUCCAAGUCCCAUUACAGGGCUUCCUUCAAGGAGAACAAUACCGUGGGGCUCCAGGUCCUCAAGGUAGAGGCCAAUGAUGUGGAUAUUGAGCUCAGCGGCAGGGUGUCCUUCUCCAUCCGAGAGUCCAAUGAGCUGGGACCUCCCACGGCGUCUUUCGCCAUCCACCCCACCAGUGGUGUAGUCAGCGCCCAGCAGUCAUUGGACUAUGAGGAGUCGCCCACAUACUCCUUCAUUGUGGAGGCCAAAGACCAUGGGCAUCCACCCCUCACCAGCACCGCCACGGUACUCAUCGAGAUCCAGGAUGUCAAUGACAACUACCCCGUCAUCAAGGAGCCGAUGCCAAAGAAAGGCAUAGCCUUUGUGAGUGUCCCGGUCAACGAGGAGAAGGGGGAGAUAGUGACACAACUAGGGGAUGGUGCUGAAGAAGGCUCCACCGAUCCUCAUACCGGUCACUCUGUCCAAAAUGGAUUUAUGGGAUUCCUGGCCACUACCAUCAAGGCUAAUGAUCCAGACUCUGGCCUGAAUGGAAGACUCAGCUACAUGAUCACAGAUGGAAACCCCACAGGACUAUUCAGGCUCAAUGACACCACCGGACAACUGUAUGUUAACACGACCAAUGCUACAGAGCUCAUUGGGAAAACUUUCAAAGUGGAUAUUGCUGUAUCGGACAAGGGUUCUCCAAGGCUAUUGACAAAGGCCACCUUGGAGGUGGCUUUCAUCAACUUGCGGGACCAUUUGAAGAACUCAGCCCCUGGUAACCAUGGUCAGCUGAGUUUCACCAUGAUGGUGGCCAUCUGCCUUGGGGCCAGCUGCAUCCUGCUUCUCCUGGCGGUUGCCUUGGUGACGACCUUCUGUCGCCCAACGAAACGAGACAACCAUUCCUACAACUGCAGGACGGCCGAGUCCACCUACACGAGCCACCCUCGCCGCCCGCAGAAAAACAUCAGGAAGACAGACAUCCAGCUGGUGCCAGUCCUGAGGGGACGAAGGGAGGACCCUCCAGAAGAUGAAGCACAGCCCCCCUCCUCUAUGCUCCUGGUGGUUGAAGAGCAAAACACCGAAACGCAGUACAGUGUUGCCAACUCCAUGAACCCAACAGUCCACUCCCAGGCCAACCCAGAGGGGGGAUCAACGCUGCCAGUCUCCCAUUCCAGAACACUCAGGAAACCUGGGAGCAUCGAGCUGGACGGCACUCUUCCUUGGACCCCUGCCAUUCCUUACCGAACCCUGCGUAAGGCAAGAAACCCUUCAUCGUCCUCCUCACUGUAUCAGACCAGUACCCUGAGGCGACAUGGGAACUCUGAGAUCCAGGUUAGCCCCGACGUUGAAGUGCCAGAAACAUCGUCCCAGGUGGCAACACUUAGAAGGCCCAAGAACACAGAUACCAGAAGUGGACUUGACGCUGAAGACCACAGACGGAUGCUGAGGAACCUGGUCCGUCUCUCCAUGGCUGCCUUCGGAGAGAACUCCAUUGAGUUGUCUGCUGCCUCUCCCGAAGUGCAGCAGGUUUCUCAGCUCCUCUCCCUGCUCCACCAGGGCCAGCUGCAGCCAAGACCAAACUUCCGAGGCAACAAGUUCUCCCAGCGUGCUGGCAGGUCUUACGCUCAGGACACUGAUUGGCAGAGCACCAAGGACAGCGGUCAUGGUGAGAGUGAGGCCGGAGACAUGGACUGGGACAUGGGCCGAGACUCCCCCGUCGACCCGCUACUGGAGGAGGGGCUUAAUAACCUGCUCAACAACCCUGAUGACGUCUUUGCUGACAUAGAGGACCCUGCAUGGAUGUCCCGCCUCUCCCUCCCCCUAACGGCCGACUACCACGAGAAUGUUUUUGUUCCCAAUGGACCACCGUCCCCUGAAACCCAUUGCUCCCCAGACACCCUUGACUCUGCCUCCUUCUCCACCUUCGGUAAGAAGCCGGAGGAUGGCUUACUGGGCGGGGCCUUGAUCUCAGAGGUCAACACUUUGUUUAAUAUGCUCCUGACCCAGAAAGGCGACUCCCAGCCCCGCCCCUCGCCAGACGUGCUCUACAGACUGUCCGCCACCUACCGGCGCUCGCUGGGGCUGGAAGGAGAUAGCGCCGCAGCAGGGGGCGCCAACAUACAAAGGAACUCUGUGAACCCCGAAAAGAGGUCCCCCCUGGCUCAAUGCCCUUAGGCCCAACCCCUGGUAUGAGAACAGUUGCCUCAACGUUAUUUGAUCGAUUCUUGUGUGUUUGGAUGCCUAAGACCCCCCCCCCCCCAAACUGAUGACUUUGUUUUACAUGUUGCUGAAAUGACUGAACUGCUCAAGCUUACAACAGCAACUCCCCUCCUUCUCCUAACAUAUCCCCAUUAGGAGAUGUCCAAUACAUGCCUAAGCUCUGACAGCCUGCUUCCCUGUUUGAAACAGGACAAGGUCAGAAGAGGGAGAGGAGUUAACCAAAGGCCUUCAUUCAGUGCUGGAAAAAGCACAAUGUACUAUACAGUACUCCCUACAUAGAAAAGUGUACAUUUACCUUGAGAUAAAUGUUACACAAAGAAACCGUCUUCCUCAUGUGGCACAUACUCCUCUGUAUCAUUCUGAUGCAACAAAGAUUCUCUUUCUGUCUCUCGUCAGAAGUGUUUCUCAGUGGGAGCAACAACAUGGUGCUAUCCGUUGUUAGCGUUGUCCAUGGUAUGAAUGGCUGAGUUUAGCAGCCCUAAGCAAAGAGCCCAAGAAGGAAACAGCUCUCUCUCUUCUCUGAAGACAAAACACUAACAACAUUAAGUCCUGUUCCUGAGGAGAAAUGUCUGCCACGAUGGACCGAGUCCGCCGACACUUCCUUCACCACCAUUUUGAGAAAUGUUUCUAUUAUUGAUUACUAUUUGUAUUUACUCAAGUAAAUUAUUUAGCUACUGAAAAAUGUAGUAUUUACAGAGGUAUAAAUGUUUGUUUAUGUCUGUGUAGGAAACACUUACAGUACCUUCGGAAAGUGUUCAGACCUCUGGACUUUUUCCACAUUUUCUUAUGUUACAGCCUAAAAUGGAUAAAAUACAACAACAAAAAAUCCUCAGCAAUCUACACGACGUACCCCAUAAUGACAAAGCGGAAACAGGUUUUUAGAAAUGCUUGCAAAUCAUUUUUUUUUUAAAUGUUUAAAAAUCAGAAAUACCUUAUUUACAUAAGUAUUCAGACCCUUUGCUAUUUAUUAUUUCUUUAUGGUAGAGCGGCCAGACGGAAACCACCACUCAGUAAAAGGUACAUGACAGCCGACACCUAAAGACUCUCAGACCAUGAGAAACAUGAUUCUCUGGUCUGGUGAAACCAGGUUUGAACUCUUUGGCCUGAAUGCCAAGCGUCACGUCUGGUGGAAACCUGGCGCCAUCCCCAUGGUGAAUGAUGGUGGCAGCAUCACGCUGUGGGGAUGUUUUUCAGUGGCAGGGACUGGGAGACUAGUCAGGAUCUAGACGAAGAUGAACAAAGGCAAAGUACAGAAAUCCUUAACGAAAACCUGCUCCAGAGCGCUUAGGACCUCAGACUGGGGUGAAGGUUCACCUUCCAACAGGACACACAGCCAAGACACUGCAGGACUGGCUUUGGGACAAGUCUCUGAAUGUCCUCUCUGGCCCAGCCAGAGAGCCCGGACUUGAACCUGAUCGAACGUCUCUGGAGAGACCUGAAAAUAGCUGUGCGGCAAUGCUCCCCAUCCAACCUGACAGCUUGAGAGGAUCUGCAGAAAAGAAUGGGAGAAACUCCCCAAAAACAGGUGUUCCAAUCUUGUAGCGUCAUACCCAAGAAGUCUCAAGGCUGUAGUCGCUGCCAAAGGUGCUUCAAAGUACUGAGUGAAGUGUUUGAACAUUUAUGUGAAUGUGAUGUUUCAGUUUUACAUUUUUUAUAAAUAAGCAAAAAUUCUAAAAACGUGUAUUUGCAUUGUCUUUAUGGGGUAUUGUGUGUAGAUUGAUGAGGGGGAAGAAACAAUUGAAUCAAUUUUGGAAUAAGGCUGUAACCGAACAAAAUGUGUAAAAGGUCAAGGGGUCUGAAUACUUUCCGAAGGCACUGUAAAAGCCUUGUUCUCAUUUGCAGCUUGAAGUGACUCAAAUCCAAUAUUUUUGCAUAACCGAUUCGAAUCUGUUCUUUUUUCUGCAGUCUGAACAGCUAGAAAAGCACAUGGAAUCUGAUAUUUCAAGCCACAUUUCAAACCACUUUUUCGUAGGUGGUUAGAAGUCCGAUACAAAACCUAUUCCUGGUCAUGCGGUCAAAUCUGAUUUAUUUGCCCUCAAGUGGUUUUUAGACUGUUAUUUGGCAUAUCUUGUUGCUUGCUAGCUACUCUGUUGACAGUUUGCCAAGAAAAUGUGGUAGCUAACUAGCUUGUUAAAUGUUCACUAACAAAUGAGUGAAUGUGCUAGAAAGCUAAACUGCUACCUAGCUAGCUUGUCGACUGCUGUGGCUCGACAAAAAGGACUCGUUUUGAAAGUUGGAUCAUCUUAUCCUUUUGAGGCCUUAAGUGUUCUCACACAAUGAUUUUGACCAUUCAAAGAACCUGGGAAACAUCCAUGGCAGGCAUUGUCACCUUAGCUUGCUACAUAACUUCUGAGUGAUAGGAAGCACGUGCACCAAUCAGCCUACACCAGCGCGCACACACCUGUCUACUAUGACAACUAGUUUAGUCAUUUCAGCAAAUUACUGCCAUCUGAACACACAUAAAUCCUAUUUGGUCACUUAUAACUUGCUAUUUGGACAAUCAGUAUUCCAAAACUGAUUUGAGCAUUAUAGGCCUGCAGUGUGAACAAGGCAUUAUACACCCAGGAUUUGGCUUCAGAUAUUUGAAUGGCUGUAAAAGUGAUAUAAAUUAUAAUUUUUCUGAUGAAAGGUGUCAUUUGUAAUCUUGCUCAGGAGAAUAGGGAGUUUUUGUUGCCAUAAAUCAAACCAGCAGCACUUUGUACAUUUGUAUUAAAAUGUCUUAGUAUUUUCCAUUUUAAAACGGCACCAUGGUAAUUUCUUCCUACAAAUUACACUAUGUUAAGGAUUUGGACUUUUGUUUUGAAUGUUGCAAAAUGAGUGACGACAGCGCAAGAACACCUCUUGGAGAAAUGUGAGAACACGCCCUCUGCCGCCACUUCUAUGUAAAUGUUUUAUAUUGACUUGUGAUUAGCCAGUAGCUCAGUGGAGUUUUCCUUAUUCAUUCUUCAGGUACCAAGGGCUUGUUGGAAUUCCUUCAAAGUGCAUCCUUCCUUCCUCUCUUCCUUGGAAACAAAUCUUGACUAGACAUAAUUGGACAAGUGCUCCAGUACCAGAUGAUUCUUCUUGCUUGUCCAGGGAUAAAUAAUCUGUGAUUUCUUAAAGGAAAUGAUGCACUGAAAUAAUUCAACUGAGGCCCAAAUAGUGGAGCCCUUGCAUUUACCUGUCUAAAUAAGUUGAAUCAGUCGAACGGGACCCAGCUGUUUUGAGGACAGGGCAAAAUGUAAUUGGUUGAUUUGAAAACUUAGUGGGCAGAGUGUCCAUUGACAGGUGGGAGUCAAAUAAAACAAACUAUCAGGGUGGAAGGUUGGAGUGUUAAAAAUGUGUUGUGACCCACAACAUUCCUGGUUCAAAUCUCACCACUUUCU